CUGAAGCUCUACCUCAAUCCCAUGUUGUUCCCAUCUCUUCUCCUAAACCCUAAAUUGAGGUUCCGUCCCCAGAUGCGAAGUAAGAAACGCAGCAAAGAUGAAGGGUCUCUUUUGAUAGUGAAAUUGAAGAUGAAGGGUCUUCUCAAGAAAUCCAAGGCACGCAAGCCUUUGGAGCUCGUCAAGCACACGCGCGACCUUCUCAUCUUCUUCAAUGGCAACAUGGAAGUCCGCGAGCAGAAACGCAAAGACAAGACGGAAGAAUUAACAAAAUCAAUGUUGGAGAUAAGAACACUUCUGUAUGGCGAUGGUGAAUCAGAGCCGAAUAAAGACACUUGUGCACAGCUUACCCAGGAAUUUUUCAAAGAUGAUACGUUCCGCCUUCUCAUUGCUAGCCUUUCGAAGCUCAACCUUGGGACUCGUAAAAACGCGACACAUAUUGUCGCAAAUUUGCAAAGGCAACAGGUUCAAUCGCGAUUGAUUGCUUCUGAGUACUUGGAAAAGAAUAUUGAUCUUAUAGAUAUUCUGAUACCUGGUUAUGGAGACGGUGAUAUUGCUCUAUCUUAUGGUGCAAUUUUAAGGGAAUGCAUUCGUCAUCAGGUUGUUGCGAGGUACGUCCUGGAAUCAGACCACAUGAAGAAGUUCUUUGAUUAUAUACAACUUCCAAAUUUUGAAAUAGCAUCGGAUGCUGCAGCCACUUUCAAGGAGCUUAUGACCAGGCAUAAGUCAACAGUUGCACAAUUUUUGUCUAAUAAUUAUGACUGGUUUUUCCAAGAAUAUAAUUCGCAGUUGCUGGAGUCUCAGAAUUACAUCACCAAACGGCAGGCUAUCAAGCUGUUAGGAAAUAUGUUACUUGAUCGCUCAAACUCUGCUGUGAUGGUUCGUUACGUGUGCUCUUUGGAUAACAUGAGAAUCCUAAUGAACCUUCUCAGGGAUCCAAACAAGACAAUCCAAUUGGAGACCUUUCAUGUCUUCAAGCUAUUUGUUGCAAAUGAAAAUAAGCCUCCUCAGAUUGUUAAUGUACUAGUAACAAAUAGGAGCAAGCUUCUCCGUUUCUUUGGCAACUUCACCAUUGAAAAAGAGGAUCAGCAGUUUGAAGCAGACAAAGUUGAACUUAUGAAAGAGAUUUCUAUUCUUGAACCCAAGGAUAUUAAAGAAUUUUCGUCAAUCGUGAGCUUUAGAGAGAAUUGUGAGAUUCCAUGUUGAUUAUCUUCUUAAAUUUGAGGGGGUUUUUUUAUAUUAAUUUUCCUUUUGGGGUCCUAGAAACCAGUGAUUAUGCAAAUUUUUUUUUUAUCUCAAGAGUAUGUAAAGAAUCACUGUAAAUGAAAUGGAAGAUGGAGCCUAGAUAUAAGCUUAUAUUCUUUAUCGUUC